GGUCAUGUGAUAUAGGGAUAUGGAAUCUAGACUUUUUAUAGUUCCUUUUAUUGAUUGAAAUACAUUAAUAUUAAUUCUAUAUUCCUGCUACCCCGAAGGCAAUUCCAGUAUUGAACUACCGCCGGCAGUUUUCCGAUCGGAUCCCGGAGCCGAGUAUCAAAUGGACAGUUGUGAGGCGACGAAAACGCGAAUUCCUUUCAAGGAAAGGCCCGACUGGGCCGAUGUGAAGCCCGUUCCGCAAGACGACGGGCCCUGCCCGGUGGUUCCCAUAGCCUACACAGAAGACUUCUCUGAAACCAUGGACUACUUCCGGGCAAUUUACGUAGCCGAUGAGCGAUCUACACGCGCCCUCCAGCUUACUGCUGAAGCUAUACAGCUAAACCCUGGAAAUUACACUGUAUGGCAAUUUAGGCGUGUUGUGCUGGAGGCAUUGGGUGUUGAUUUACAUGAAGAAUUGAAGUUUGUUGAUCGCAUUGCUGGGGAGAAUACCAAAAAUUAUCAAAUAUGGCAUCAUAGACGGUGGCUUGCUGAGAAGCUGGGAGCUGAUGCUGUGACAAAUGAGCUUGAAUUCACCAAGAAAAUAUUUUCUCAGGAUGCAAAAAAUUAUCAUGCUUGGUCCCAUCGGCAGUGGGUCCUUCAAGCACUUGGAGGAUGGGAAGAUGAGCUUGCUUAUUGUCAACAACUCCUUGAAGAUGAUAUUUACAACAAUUCUGCUUGGAAUCAGAGAUACUUUGUCGUAACACGAUCACCUCUACUAGGGGGCCUAGUGGCAAUGAGGGAAUUGGAAGUGAAUUACACAGUUCAAGCCAUAAGAGCUAGUCCAGAGAAUGAAAGUCCUUGGAGGUAUCUUCGUGGUCUUUAUAAGAAUGACACACAAUCUCUAGUUCAGGAUUCUCAAGUAGCAUCAGUACUUUUGGACGUCUUAACCUCCCAAAAUAGUCAUGUGCAUGCUCUGAGGUUCUUGUUGGAUCUUCUUUGUCAUGAUUUUGAACCGAGCCAAGAAUUGAAAAGUGCUGUAGAUGUUCUUACUCCCCAGUCAUGCUCACCAGAUUUAGCACUGACAAAGAAAAUUUGUUCCAUCUUGGAACAUGCUGAUCCAAUGAGAGUAAAAUAUUGGAAUUGGCGCAAAAGCAUGGUUCGGGUUCAAUUACUUCAGAGUCAGAAUGCAGAUAGGUUGGCUAAUUUGAGUGUUCAAGAAUGACUUGUGAGAAUAUUGUACUGUGUUUUACGAAAUACAUACUUGCAUCUAAGGUGAUCCUUCGGGCACAUGUGCUGGGAAGUGACUGAAUAUCACGAAGAACUAAAAAAACUGUGAUUGGCAACAUUGUACUCAAAAUAGGUCACUUUCGAUGACUUUUUGUACUGCCUUGAGUUUUGGCUCUGCUAUGUUUUGUAAGUUUUGGAUAUGGAUGCAUAGCUUAUUGAUACUUUUGGUGACUUAAAAUACUCUGGAAAGCUGGUAGCAUGUGUAAAAUGCACUGUUACUUCCCAUGUCGAGUUAGAUCUUGAAAAUUUUAGUAGGUGUUCUUUUAUGAAGCACGCAUUAAUGUG